AUGGGGGAAGCGCAGCAGACGGCCUUCAAAAGGCUACAGCAGAUAAUGAUGAACCUCCCCACGGUGCAGGCCCCCAUUCACAAAAGACCACUGCUACUCUAUCUAGCCACCAACUCGUACGCCAUCGGCGCACUAAUCGCUCAGGAAGAUGGAGGUGGUAUCGAGCAGCCAAUAUACUACAUUAGUCGCGCCUUAAAAGAUGCAGACACUCGUUACCCAAGGGCAGAGAGAACGUGCCUAGCCAUUGUAUACGCUUCGCAGAGGUUGCGUCACUAUUUCUUGGCUUACGAAGUAUGGCUGAUGACUAAGUCCCAUGCCAUUAAAGCUCUAUUACAACAGCCGAUCCUCUCCGGCAGGAUAUCCCAGUGGUUGCUGCAGUUAUCACAAUACGACUUGAGAAUGGGGACACCUAGGGCAGUGAAAAGUCAGGCUAUAGCAGAUUUAUUGGCGCAGUUUCCAGGAGAGGAAGAAUUCCCACUGGAUGAUGAAGUUCCAGGGGAAGUAGCUAUGGCAGAAGAAGUCAAGGAACAGUGGGUAGUGAAAUUCGAUGGGUCUUCUACUACCCAUUCCAAAGGGGUGGGAGUAGUUCUGUAUCGUGAAGAAGACAAGGCAGUGGCGCUGUCAUUUAAGUUGGAAUUCCCCUGUUCAAACAACACGGCGGAGUACGAGGCCUAUCUAAGUGGGCUUGCCACGGCGCUCGAAAUGGGAGUCAAACAUUUGAAAGUACUGGGAGAUUCGAACUUGGUUGUCCGCCAGGCCAAAGGAAGCUUUUCCUUAAAGGAGCCUAGCCUAGCCCCAAACGAAAAUCGGUUUGCGGAUGCGUUAGCUGCACUGGGUUCACAAAUAAUCUUCAAAGGGAAUAGCACUAACAUAGAAGUCAGUAAGAGGGAAGAAUCCAUCAUUGAGGUGUUGAAAGAAAAGUUCCGGGAGGAACAAGGCGAAGGGGAUUGGCGAAUCCCCAUAAAAGAAACCUUGGUGAAGGGAGACGAUGCAACAGAAUUGAAGAUAUUAAAAGACUAUGCCUUGGUAAAAGAAGAGUUGUACCGCAGGAUGCCAGGUGAGGUCUUAUCCAGGUGUGUGAGGCAGGAGGAAGCCCAGAGAAAAUUGAAAGAAAUACACGACAAGACUUGCGGGUCUUGCGGAGAAGUCAGUCUUUACCACAAACUUCAAAGAGCAGGCUUCUAUUGGCCAAGCAUGGGUAAAGACGCAGAUCAAGUCCAAACCCAAUGUGGGACCUGUCAGCUUGCGACAGAAAGGGAGGAAAGUUACGCUGUGUUCAUUAGCAAGGAUUGGAGAAGCCCUUUCAUGCAGUACCUAACAGAAGGCGUCCUGCCGCAAAGGCACAGUGAAAGAUACAAGCUUAAGAGGUUGGCAACACGUUACUUCUUGCAUAACAUGGUCCUUUUCAAAAAAGGAUAUGAUGAAGACCCUUUGAGGUGUUUGGGCCCUGAAGAGGCAAAAGAAAUGAUAAAAGAAGUACAUUCAGGGGAAUGUGGUGAACAUCAGGGGAAGAAAAAGCUUUACAGAUGCCUGCUGUAG